AAGCGAUCAUAGGCUGCGUGUCAGUGCAGUCGACUUACAGCGGGCUGUGAGGAGAACUGGCGCGACCCUUUGUGCUUAAACACAACCCUUUUCUUGCGCUUAAACUCCUGAAAGUUUCUUUAAACUCGCGUUAGAGUACUUCUACUCGUUAUCUACUCUACCAGGUCGAGUUAAACUAGUUAUUUUCGCUCCGUUUGAAGUUAAAGGCUGGGCCUUUACACGCGCUCCCGACGAGAGAAAAAGAGAAGCUGCUCUUUCUGCGAUUAAAAGUCCAUAAAUGCUUUUUACCAAAAUGGACCUGUUGAACUACCAGUACUUGGACAAAAUGAACAACAACAUCGGCAUCCUGUGCUACGAAGGAGAGGCGGCUCUGAGAGGCGAGUCCAGAAUGCAGUCUCUGUCGUCUGCAGUUAGCAACCACCGGACCGGCCCUCCUCCUAUCAGCCCCAGCAAGAGGAAACACAGCGCGGACCAAGCAGACGACGACAUCGACUGCAACAGCGAGCAUGUGGCCAAGAUGAGCCGCCUGUUCGCCGCACAGCUAGGAAAGCCUGCCAACGGGGACUACCGCAAAGACCCCCGGGAGCGCAGCCGCAGCCCCAUCGAGCGCAUGGCGGCCCCCAGCAUGAGUCUGGUUGGUGGGCAUCAUCUCUACAUGCCUAGCCUGGCCCUGGACCAGCCGCUCGCACUGACCAAAAACAUGGAUGCCAGCCGCAGCGUGGGCAUCUCUCCUACUGCCAGCCCUGUGGAGCGCCAGCAGAACCGGCCCUCUGUGAUCACCUGUGCUCCAGCGAACAACCGUAACUGUAACCUCAGCCACUGCACCGGCUCCCACAACGGCUGCUCCCCCGGCCUGAGCGCCAGCUACAGAAGAGUCUCCAACUCGAACACCGCCUGUGACCCUGUGAUCGAGGAGCAUUUCCGCCGCAGUCUGGGCAAGAACUACAAGGAGCCGGAGCCCGUCACAAACUCUGUGUCCAUCACUGGCUCCGUGGAUGACCACUUCGCCAAGGCUCUGGGGGAAACGUGGCUGCAGAUCAAGGCUAAAGGUGGCUCCAACUCCCCGGACGCCUCUCCAAACACACACAUGGUGAACCACAAUCACUCCCCGUCCCUGGUGUCUUGAAAACAGGACCACACACACACACACACGAUUAGCAGCGCUGACGUAUCGCUAAUGUACAUACCACCAGGACGAGCUCCUUAACUCUCCAAAUCUGCUUAUUUUACUGCUUUUCUAAGUAUGCUAGUGUACUUUUUUUAGCUUGGCUGUUGCAUUAUGGGAUGCCCAUAUCCACAAACAGCUUUUUAUUUUGUUUGUUUUGGUUCUUGAGAUUUAAAAGAAAAGAAAUCAGCCAGAUAUCGUCUAACCAUCUGCCUCAGAUACCAAAGAAACCGCUAAUGCAAACCUUUUGUUUUGUUUUUUUACCCACAAGCCAUUGCAAGCCGUUCUGUCUGUGGCGUGCUCUCUCUCCCGGUCGAGCCUCUAUAUGUGUAUACUUGAAGAGAAACGAAAGCGGAGGGCCUGGACUGAUUUUGCACUAUGGAUGGAUGGAGGUCGUGUCAGUUUAGUGUCACACACACACACACACACACACACACACACACACACACACACACACACACACACACGUUAGAUGUUCAGAAAUGGCUCAUGCAGACAGGAAGUGAUCACUUGUUUAUGGGAGAACCUGAUUUGAUUUGCGCUUGACGUUUCUGUGUUGUGCGGCAGACGUGGGCAUUGUUUGUUGGUGAUGUCCUCCAGGCACUGUGGUUUGAGUAGAGUAGCUGCUUUAAGGGUAAGCUAGUGCUUAUACGUGCAUGUUUUUAAAAUAGCUGGUAUCUAUUAUUGUGUAGACAUUUCAGUGGUAAUACUUCUCUCUCUUUAUUCAGAUUUGACUUUAUUUUUGUCAGUAACAGUCCUAGAUAAACUUACUGCUGGUACAGUCGUACUCCAUAUUAUUAUCUUUUGAUUAUUGAUGGUGGGAGCUGCCAGAUACAGAGAUCCGCCUCGGGACAGGCCGUCUAUAUAUGAACGCUGGGCUUUUGUAUUGGUGUUAAUGGGUGGUACAGGACGCAGGACUCAAACUGCAGCAGCAGCAGCAGCUCUGCACGGCUCCGCUGGAGCGCUGAUACUCUGCAGAACAACGGCAAGCGCAUGCGUGCAGGUGUGUGUGCGCGUGUAUGUGCAUGCAAGUCUGUGUGUAUGCGAGUCAAUGUAGGGUUGUUACGAUACUGGAAUUCGGUACUAAUCAAUACUAACAUUUUAAAAACGUCCAUUUCCUGCCAACAUUUGAACGAGUUCUUUAACAGCGCUGAUUGGCUAUUGUGUUCACCUGCUCAGCAGAAAUGACUGAUUGGCUGUGAAGGUCAUCAGUUCACUAAACUCACCGCUGUUUACUGAGUGAACACAGAUUCAGGGACACUGGAGCGUUUUAGAGUCAUGAUGAUCAGCUGGUUUGUCUAUAAGCUGAUAUAUGAGUGAUCUGCUGAUGAAUCGCGGCUUUAAAACACUCCAGUGUCCCUGAAUCUGUGUUCACUCAGUAAACAGCGGUGAGUUUGGUGAACUGAUGACCUUCACAGCCAAUCACAGUCAUUUCUGUUGAGCAGGUGAACACAAUGGCCAAUCAGUGCUGUUUAAGAACGAGCUCAACAGCGCUCAAAUGUUGGCGGGAAAUAGACAUUAAAAUUUCAGUAUCGGAUUCCAGUAUUGUGCAACCCUAUGUCCAUGUGUGCGUGCAUCAUUGUGUGUGCGCACAUCUGUAUAUGUGCAUGUGUCUGUCUGUGUGCGUGCAUGUGUAUGGGUGCGUGUUCGUGUGUGCGCGUCUGUGUGUUUGAAGUCUGCCAUCUUAAUUCUGCAUUCAGACCUGCUUGUCUUUGAGCGCUUGUACGGAAACACAGAACAUUCCUCCGCUAGGGAUCGUGCUGCAGGAUUAUACUCAGUUUAGCUACUCGCUAACGUCUGCAGAAACGGGAGACGCUAACAUUCCUUCAGCUCAGAUCAUCAUUAUCAGACAGAUUCACAAAGUCUCUCGCAGGUUUUCAGAUUUUCCUGAAAUCCGUCAAACACACACAUUUCACUGCCAGAUAUCUGCGCAGAACACACACUCUGCUUACGACACACACACACACACGCUGUAGGUAAAUCACUUAAUUAAAAACAACAAAAAAAGUUUUUAUAUAGGAAACUAUAAGACCAUCAUUACGCUGUGCGUAACGAAUGUACAGAGAACACGAAUCGUAGGUAUUUUUUGAGGAACAGUUAAUUUGUUAAUGAUGUGUAGCUAUUUAAUUUCCCUUUAUUGUAAUCAUGCUCUUUUGUUUCUCUCUCGAGUAAAAAAGUUGAUCUUUUUUGUUUGUAGUUUUGUCUGUUAAAGUGCAGGAACACAGUUAUUCUAUGAACACACACUGCGGUAGUGUAAUAAUAGCCACUUGUGUAUUAUUUCGAAGGCUACUGAGUCUCGACACACUUCUGAACGGAGCUUUCGACUGUCUCUGGAGACAAUUGAACAAAUCUUUCUCCACUCCAACAUUAUAUAUAUAUAUGUAUGUUUUCUAUUGGACGUGCGCUUCCAGGAGAACCAACGUUAGAACAGACGUUCACCGCACCUCUGGAUGAGUUGUAAAUCUGUAUUAUACUCAUUUCAUGGCCUCGGAAUAAAGCAAACUUUUGGCAGGCCAUUGUUUUGUACUUUUAAGUAGCCUCAAUGAACAAUAAAGUGCUCUUAAACCAC